AUGUCUAAAUUAAGUAAAAUAUUAGAAAAUAAAAAAGAAAUAGGUUUUUGUUCUCGUGUCAUCAAAGUACAAGGUAAAGAUGAAAAUGAAAAUAAGGAUAAAGGGCAAAAGACUAAAAUGUGGUUAGAUUAUUUCAAUGAUAUUGUAUCAGAUGAUCUAAAGGUUUUAAUUAACAUUGAAAACAGAUUAAAAGUUAAUAAAUAUUUAAACUUAAAAAAAAAUAUAGAAUUAUCAAAGUUAAUAAAAAAAAAAAAUUUUAAUGUUUUAUUUGGCAAUCCUUUUGAUUUUAAUUUAGAAAAAUUUUUUCAGAAUCAGAAAAAAAAUACUAAUUUAAAAAUUAAAAGAAGUAUUUCUUCAUGUGAAUCAAGAAAAAAAAAUACAAUUUCUUUUGAUGAUUUAAUGUGGAAUAACAAAUUAAAAAAAUAUAUCAAUUUAAAUGAAUUACAAUUAAUUAGUAAUAUCCAAACACAUUCAAAAAAUUAUGAUAGAAAUAAAUCUUGCUUAAAUUCAUAUGAUCGUAAAUUAAAUUUUGAAAAAGAUAUUCAUGAUAUUCAAACGGAGCAAAUCCAUUCAAACCAAAUUAAGUACAACAAUAUAAAAUUAAAGAAUCCUAAAUUUGGAAAUAAAAAUGAAUAUGAAAGAAACAUCUCUUGCUUUUUAAUGAAAAGCAAUGCUAAUAAAAGUGAAAAUAAUUUCAUAAAAAAAAAAAAGAAAAGUGAAUUUAAUCUUGAUAAAAAUGAAAUUAUAUCUGAGUCAUAUGAUAUAAGUGGAAUAGAAGAGAGAAUAAAAAAUGAAAUUUUAGCUCAUUCAGAAUAUAUUAAGAAUAAAAUAAUGAGACAAACACACGAAAAAUUUUUAUUAAUUCAAGAUGAAAAAAGCGGAAAAGUUAAAAUUGUUGCUAAUAGAAAAAUUGAAAUAGGAGAAGUUAUUUUCAUUGAAGAGUAUUUAUUAGAAACUUCUAUUAUGUUUAAUGAUUUAUGGAAUACUUUCAAUAAUUUAGACGAUGAACAGAAAAAAAAAUUAGAUGAAAUUAGUCAACUUAUGAAUAUGGAAAGAAUAUAUAAAAGAAAAAAAAGUGAAAGCAUUUUAAAGCAUAUGUGUGAUAUUCAUAAUAAUACUAGUUAUUGUACAAAUGAAAGGGAUAUUAAUCUUAAUUUGAAAAAUGAAAAUUACAGUGAAGAUUAUUACAAAAAGAAUCUCAUAAAAUAUAAAGAAUGCUAUAAAAAUGUAACACAAGAUAAUUUUUUUAAAAGUAAGGAAUAUUCUGAAAAUAAUGAUGUGAAAAAUAGAAAUGGAGAAUUUUCCAAUGAUAGUUUUAUAAAUAAUUUGAUAAAAUUCGAAAUAUUUACUGAUAUACUUAAAAAUUCCUUUAUUUCAUGUAGUAAUAGAAAUAAAGUAGUGCUUUUUAAAAAUGCCUCUUUUUUAAAUCACAGUUGCUUUCCGAAUGCGAGUCACUGUUUUAUAGAUAACAAUAAAAUAUGUUUAUUAGCAAUGAGAACAAUAAAUAUGUAUGAUGAAAUUACAAUUUCAUUUAUCAAUGAAUUGUAUUCUUCAAUUGAGUAUAGAAAAAGAAAAUUGAAGGAUAUAAAAAGCAUGAGUUGCUCUUGUAAUCGCUGUUUACAAAUAAUAGAUGAAGAAAGAAAUAUACUAUGUGGUGUAUGUAAAUAUUCCUAUGUUAGUAAAAAACUUGAUGAAGAAUAUAUAAGAAUAAUGGAAAAAGAAAAAGAAAAUCCAACGAGAGAACAAAAUAUAAAUAAAAUUGCACAUAUAAAAGUAUUUGAUGUGACAAAAAAAAAAUCAAAUGACUUCAUUUCUAAUAUAAAUAAUGAAUUAAAUAAUUUAGAAUGUUUAAAUAAAAAUUAUCAUAUUAAAAAUACUAUAAAUAAAAGUGUAAAUGAUCAUACUAUAUUAAAUAAAGAUAUAUUUAUUAAUAGUUGCAAGGACCCAACUCAUAAAUAUAUAAUGUAUGAAAAUUUAAAUAGUAAUAAUAAAUUUCAUAAUAAGUCAAAUAAUAGUAAUCAAGGGUAUGAAAAUAUAAAUGAUAACACAAGUACUACUAACUAUGAGAAAAUGAAAAACCCUCAAUUUAAACGUUUUUCAGAAUCUUGUUUUGAUUCAAAUACUUCUAAAGGCUUAAAUGGACUGCAAGGAAUUUGUGGUUAUAACAAUAUGACAAAGAAUAAUAUAUAUAGGGAAAAAAUUAAUGAAAAAAAUACAGAAAAUUUGGUAAAUGAUUAUAAUACAAGAAAUUUUUUCUUUUCACAAUUUAAUGAUAGUACAAAUGAAAUUGAAAAUUAUACAAAUAAAAAUAAUGAAGUAGAAGAAAAAAAAAAUUGUGACAAAAUAUUUAAUUGUUUAAAUUCAACAUUAUCAUUAAGAAAUAAUUUUAAAAAUCCUUUAUAUUCCUCCAUAAAAAAAAAAAAUUCAUAUGAUAAAGUAAAAUCAGAAGAAUAUUUAAUAAAUAAAGGAAUAAAUGAAAAACUAUUGCAUAUUUCAAUUUUGGAGAGAAAUGCAAAUUUAGAUACUAAUUUAGUUAAUAUAUUAAGUAUAAAAAGUGUAAGAGAAAAAAUAGGGUAUUGUAAAUUUCAUAUUAGUGGAAAGUGGGUAUGUGAUACUUGUAAUGAUAUUACCUUAAAUUACGGUGUGCCAUUAGAUAGUGAAAGUUCCUUUAUAAAGGAAUAUAAAAUUAUAAAAGAAAAAAUAAAUAGUAAUAUGUUUGAUAUUGAAAGUGUCAUAAAUAACAUAGAAAAAUCAUUAUUAUAUAUAGUGGGAAUUCUAGGAGAAAAACAUUGGCUAUAUGCAUCAUUUAAUUAUAUUGUAGCAGAUUUAUGUUUUUCACUUUAUAACUUUAAUUCACUAAAUAAAAAAUAUUUAUUAAAAAGUUUUAAUUCAUUUCAUAAUUUUUUGAAUUUUAUUCAAAUUAAAUGCCCCCAAGCAGUUUAUACUGAUUUGGUUCCUUUAGUUUUAAAGUUUUUAAUAAUUUGUAUAUAUACAAGUAAUUAUAAAUUAUUUUGUGAAUUUGCUAAUUCAGGAUUCUUAGAAUUAAUAAAACAUAAGUACGGUUCAUGGGACGUUUCUUAUAUAUCAUUGCUUUAUUCUUUUAGGAUAUGUUCUGAAAAAAUUAAUAAUGUUUUAAAAAGUAGAAAAGCCCUUUUAACGUUAGCUGAAUUAGCCAAGAUAAAUAUGCAAAGAAAUCAUUUUUAUUAG